UCGACUGAGUUUGAGCGAUUUCACAAAAACGUUUAGAGACUUACACCAAAAUACUUGCAGCUGUAUCUGGUAGAAAGGAAGGCUGAAUACAAAUCUAGAUCACACUAUUCAGAUCUCCAUUUGUUUGAAAAUGUUUUUUUUUUUCUACAAUCGUGCACUUUUUCAUCUUUGUCCCAUAAAAUCCCAACAAUUAAAGGUUGCAGCAUAACAAAAUGUGAUCCAGGGACUCUGAAACGGCUCAUCUGAAAAAUGCCUCUAUCUGGACGUAUCUGGUAAUAAAACUGGGACUGGAUUAGUUCAUCCAUGCAAAAAUAAUAUCCCUAAUAUCUACUUCAGCAAAGUGCCAGGCUACGUUCACACAUGAAAAUCAACUCAGUCAAAAUUCAAACAUGUUUCUUAUUAUAGCCUGAGCUUUGAAUAUUCCACUUUUACCUCCAGGUGAAAUAUGUUAACAUAAUGUGCCCCGAGAAACUAAAUAGCUGGUAUGCUAAUUGUUUUUGAUCCAAAGAUAAGUCGUACACUGUGGACAUUGUUCAGUGAAGCGGAGCCAUGUUUUUGUCACAUGAAGCAGGUGGAGGUUCACUCUGCAUAUGAAUCAGGUUCCAGCUUUCGCUUCUGCAUUUCUUCUCCUUCUCACGCUGGAGGCAGAUGCUCUUACAAAUGACAUGCAAAUGCAUCAAGUCCUGUAGAAAAAAGGAGAAGCUGAAACCAUAAUUUAAAAAAUAAAAAACAACAAAAAGAACAGAAACGAUCACGGAUCUGACUUCCUGAGGAAAAGUUUUAGGCCAAUAUUAGUUUCAGUUCAAGCAGUUUUAAACUCCACAAUGAGGAUAUAUUUUACAACUAUUGUCUGGUUGCUGACAGUCAGGGGAAGUUUACCUUUAGAAGUGAAGAAUAAUGGAGCGCCCCUCAACACCCCUUGCAAAAGUGCAUCAGUGGACCAAACAGCAUACACUGGAGAUUCUGUUUCCUUCACCUGCAAAUAUUCACAAGACGAUAAAAACAGCAUCAGAAACUUCUGCAGACUCGACGGAAACAACGGCUGCGCGAAUAUAAUUUCAGCUCAGCUUUCAAACUACACAAAACUGGCAAAGAUUUCCCUCAGCGAUGAUAAGCAGCGAGGAUUGUACAAGGUGGACAUCUCCAUGGUGACUCAGCAGGAUUCGGGCAAAUACUGGUGUGCCUUGAAAAAAGAUGAUUUCCUCACUUGUUUGCAGGAAGUCGUCCUCCAUGUUCUGAACCCGGUUACAGUCCAGACCUAUCCAGAAAAGGGAGAGUCACCACUACCACCACUGCUAGUGAAGAUUAGGUCCAACAGGGAUUCUGAUCAUGGUUCUGAUUGUGAUUCUGACUCUGGUUGUGACGAUGAAAAAGUAACCCAAAGACCAAAAACAGGAAUGAUUGCUGGUAUUGUCUGUGGUGUCGUGGUCGUGGUGGUGCUUGCGAUUGUCUUAAUACUGUGCAGACGGAAACUCUGCAACAGACAAGGGGAAACAUCAGAGCAGAAGAUAAACAUAAUACAAAGUGCAGAGAGAAACGAUAGAGAUCACCAAUAUGAAGAGAUACAGAUGCAGAACAAACAAGCAAACACAGUCUGCACUCUGUAUUCUACAGUGAACCCACUUGCAGACCAGCUGCACUACGCCAGCGUCAAUAUCCAGGGCGGAGAUCCCACCACUGGUAGUGAUCAAAAUGCCUCUGCACAUCCUCCAGCAGAGACCACGCUCUACUCUACCGUCACAAAGCCUGGAGAAUAGAGCAGCCAAACUUCCUGCGUGUCUUUUCUGAAACAUGUUGUAGAGAAUUUGAUCUUUUUCUUGGUACUUAACAGUGGCGGCUACAAGGGGGGGGGGGGGGCAGAGGGAGGGACCACUGAGAAAUGCUGGCCACCACAGUGGUGCCCCCGAGAAAUUUAUUUCAUGUCAUAUCUUCUUCAGUGAAGACAUGAAUGUAAACAGGCAAAGUAAAUAAAUAAAUGAAAUUCUAUAUUUUUUGUAGCUGUGACGCCCUAAUAUGGGCAUCCUAUGAGAAUUUUCAGGCGCGCCACUGAGACACAGAGAAAGGGCGGUUCAAACCGCUGCAGGGAUUUUAAAGAAGGAAUGUCUCGAAGUCAGGAAACCUUUUGAUUUCUUUUACUCCAAACCCAAUAGAGAAGCUGCCAGGAGCAUCAGCUGCAGCCACCUGCAAGGGGCGGAGAAUUGAGAGGAGGGCGAAUCCUUAACUCUGUCCAGCUGAACCUGAAACCUAUGGUGUUACUGCAGCCUGAGGUGUUAGUGAACUAUGGGAAAUGUAGGCUGCCACUGGAAUGGACGUGCUGAUUCUUUGUUUUGUUUGCUUGUGAAUAAGUGUAACUCUGCAGCUGUGUAGUCGGAACUGUAUUUGGAGUUUUUAUUUUACUAAUUUCAUGCAUUAAUGUCUAUUCUUUGGCUUUUUAGACUUGAUUUUAGAUAUCUUGUUUGACUUUGAUCAAAUAUUGUAUCAGUAUUAAAAGCUAACUUUCCUUCAGAAAUAUUUUUUCCAUUGUUUGACAUGUAUUCUGAACCUGAGUUUCAUAAAUCACAAUGAAUUACAACUUUAAAAGAAUGUUAGUAAUAAUUUGAUUUCCCAGGACAUAUAUUCUUAACAAGGCUGAAGUCACAACCUUCCAUAAUAAAUUACACAAAAUUUGCAACAUAAUGUUAAUGUGUGACACUGUGAGUUGGGAGGGGUUUUUUAAAAAUUGAUUUUAUUUUAGAUUUCCCACAAUGUUUGGGAUAAU